AUGCUUAGUCGACUCAAUCAACUCACUCGUCACUUUUCACCCUUUAGUUCACCUCAUUCUCUAGCCUCUGCCCUAUCAACCCCAUUCCUAGCUUCGCGCUCAACUCCCGCGAUGACAUCAGCGAAGUCCAAGACCAUACACACGGCCGCGUGUCUGAUUAUUGGUGAUGAAGUUCUCGGAGGAAAGACUGUCGACACGAAUUCAGCCUACCUAGCCAAGUUCUGCUUCUCCCUCGGCAUCCAGCUCAAACGAGUAGAAGUCAUCCCAGACGACGAAGAAGACAUCAUGGAAGCAGUUCAGCGCAUGAGUGACCGUUACGACUUUGUCGUUACAAGUGGAGGCAUUGGACCAACACACGACGACAUCACCUACUCAUCCAUCGCCAAAGCCUUCAACCUAAAGCUAAAACUCCACCAGCCCUCCUUCGAGCGCAUGAAGCGUCUGUCCCGACCACACCCCAUGCAGCCCAAUUUCGACUGGAACACGCCUUCACCCGGCCUAACUGCCAAGCUGCGCAUGGUCGAGCUCCCGCACGACCCGGCGCUCCCAGCCGAACCACAAGCCCUUUUCGUCUCGGAAGACCUGUGGGUUCCCAUCGCCGUUGUAAAUGGCAACGUCCACAUCCUGCCUGGCGUGCCCCGGCUCUUCGAGAAUCUACUGAAGAAUCUAAAGCCGCUGCUUGUUCCGCGACUUGAGGAUCCGGAGGGAAAGGGUACUUUCCGCUUCAUGUUUAGUACGCCUUUGCCGGAGAGUGCUGUUGCGCCUUUCUUGACCGAGUUGGCUGAGAGGGUGGCUCCUAAGGGCGUUAAAGUUGGUAGUUAUCCGCGCUGGGGUAAGAAGCGCAAUACUGUUACGCUUGUCGGCGCUGACAAAGCUUAUCUUGAGUCUUUGGUUGAUGAGGUUGAGAAGACUGUGCAGGGUAAGAAGGUUGAUAGGGAGGAUGAGUUGGAUAAUCCUGAUGCGAAGGAUGAGGUUUUCAGCCAGUAG